AUGUACCGCUCUUUUCUCCUCACCCUCCUCACCCUCCUCACCCUCGGAGCCUCAGCCAACAGUGCCACUUCCACCCACACCACCCUAGAAUGGCACAUAGCAGCCCGCCACCCAGACGGACAAUGCGGCCACACCCAGACCGGCAUGCCGGCCAUCCUCCAGAGCCAGCAGCCAGAGUGUCCACCUCCCAUCACCAAAGGCUUAGAAGAGGCCCUCGGCCCUCCAGACUGGGCACCCUGGACGCACGCGCCCUACUGCGAAGCCAACACGACGUACUGCGUCUUCACCAACGCCGCCUUCCAGCACGGCAGGGGCUUCAGCAUCGUCGCCACGCCCGAGGCGGUGGCGAGCGUGCAGAGGCUGCUCGAGUUUGCCUUUGCGGCGCCUGCGAGGUCCGCAGGGUCGCGUCGUAUGGAUGCCGGGCCGGGCGGCGGAACUACUACACUGAACAGGAGCAGUAGCAACACCAGCCACCACCGCCCCGAGGAUGAGAACCCCCUUCCCGCAUGGAAGGUUAGAAAGAUCCCCGGCAAGGGGUUGGGAAUGGUGGCGACGCGGCGCAUCCCCCGAGGCGAGACGUUUCUAGUCGACUACGCCGCGAUAGUGGCCAGCGUCGAGUUCCCCGGCAGAGUGAAUCGCGCACAAGGGGUUGAGCUGCUGAAUCGUGCCGUCGGCCAGCUUCCGGAACCCGGCAGGGUGCUCGGACUGGCGAGGUCGAGCACGCAGGGUGCUCCCGUGGUGGAGGACGUCAUGAGUACCAAUACGUUAUCUCUCAAGAUCGACGGAGAGGCGUACAUGGGCUUGUUUCCGACGGUGUCGAGGAUAAACCACGCCUGUGGUCCCAACUCCCAAGUUCAGUUCGACCCGGCAACCCUCUCGCAAAAGGUCUAUGCUUUUCAUGACAUUGAAGCCGGCGAAGAAAUCACCAUCAGCUACGCAGAAUUUGGCAUGACCUACCAAAAGCGCCAAUCGACCCUCCUGCGUCGCUGGGGCUUCAAGUGCAGCUGCGCGCUGUGCAGCGCACACCCGUCGGCCGUGGCCGCGUCCGACGCCCGCCGCACGCGCGCCGUCUCGGUUUGCGACGGGAUCCUGGCCGCCGUCGAGGCGGGGAGGCUACACGACGCCAUUGAUCUCGGAAAACAGCUCGUCGAGCUCAGCUCCCAGGAGAGGUUGGUGUCGAGCCUGGGGGACCACUACGAGGUCCUGGCCAGGCUUCACGUGAGCGUGGGGGAUCUGGAGGGCGCGGGCGGGUACGCGAGGCGGGCGCUGGAUGAGAUGAGGGUUUUUGGCGGGAGCGAGGCGUAUGGUUCGUUUGAUGAGCUGGAUUUGUUUGUGAAGAGCUUGGAGAUGAGGACGAGGCGGGGUUGA